GACUUGUCGCUCUCGCCCUUCGACGGUGAUGAAUUACCGAAAAUUCUGGAUCUGAUCAGCCAACUUCAAGACAACGCCCAGGACGAAUACCGUGCCCAUUCUAUAUGUGUCAUAGUCAGGUUUAUGGGGUAUUUCAGUCGGUUACGCAUUGCACGAUACAUCACCUCUAAGCUCUCAACCAGCGCGAGCUCAAUUUUUCAAAUUUUGCGGGCUCCCGGAAGCUCGAUUGAAUGCGGACUAGUUUGUUUACGUCAAGAAGAAGAGGGGAAAGUUAAUAGUGGCUCUUUCAUGGGUUAUCGAUGUCGCACUGUUUGGGGCCCCGCGGUCACAUAUGGACGAGCUCCGACUAGUGUGGGUCGACAGAAGUAUCAACUCUCCGCGCAAUGAAUGGUCAGGCAUCACGAUGUAUUCAACUGUGAUGAUGGCUGUGGACGUCAGCUUCCUGGCCGUGCCUUCUGCCAAUUUUUGCAGGUCGAAUUCCUCGAGUGGAUGACAGGCUCUGCGUUUGGCACGAAAGCUGUGGCAACUAUACAUGGUCUUCCAUAUGCUGUGCUGUUGUGGGGUAUGCUGUAUUUUAUGGUUGCGUUCUCUCACCAGGUUUUCAUGUCCACGCCCAUCAUCACGCUCGCGACCACUGGGAGUGUAUGUGGUACCGUGGCGCUUUUCACGCUGUGGCUCGUAACCGCGGCAAGGGAUUUUUGAAGUUUAUAAAGAAAAAUAUUGGACGCGGUCUCGAUAAAUGACUCUGAUUAAUCUUGGUUAACUUCCAAACAGUGAUUCGACAGGGCAAUUGAUAAUAUGUAGCAGAAUCUCUACCAGACACGCUGACGACGUACUGCAGCUACGUGGUUCAAACAUCAUAAUUGUAUAUGCAAUGA